AUGGACCCACUCUAUCAGGCGGGGUCCAUUCUCAUGAAGGUGAACACCUUACAAGGGAAGAAGAUGGUGGAGAGUGGCCUCCAGUCUGGAGACUUUUCCCUCCCCCAGUCAUGGCCCUCCUACCCGCUGCUGCCAGCUGACUUGGAGAUCCUGCAGCAGAAGGUGGCCGCAGUGCAGCGGGAGCUGGAGGACUUUAAGAAGGAGGCCUUGAAGGCCAUCCAUUACCUGGAAGACGCCUUCUGUGAGAUGAAUGGGGCCUUGGCGCAGCAGGAGGAGCAGGCAGCCCGCGUGAAGCAGCGGCUGAGGGAGGAGGAGGACCGGGGCAUCGUGCGAAACAAGGUCCUCACCUUCCUGCUGCCCCGGGAGAAGCAGCUCCGGGAGCACUGCAAGCGGCUGGAGUACAUGCUGCGGGUCCAGGGCUGUGAGGCAGCGCUGGGCCUCCCCAGGAAGAUCCAGGCAAACUGA